GAUGUGAUUGAAUACAAAUGCAGGCAGUGUACUGUACAUAAUCAUUAUGAAUGAGAGCACAAUUACCUAACUUAAACACUAGGUGGCGCUCUCGGCUCGUUCGCAUUAUCCGCAGACGGAGACAGAGCACACACACCAAAGGGUUUUGGAUUACUGACAACUAUUUGCUCGGAUUGUUAAACAGGCUGUUGUUUCCCUCGGCAGCGUGUCACAGCCGUAGCUAUAGUGUUCGCAUACUCCACUACACAGAGUGUGUUAUGUUUGAAUGUAUUCUUUGUGUGCUAAUAAUAAAAGAGCUAUAAUUUGUUGCGUGAGAGCAACAGUAAUUACAGAGGAGAGGAAGCUUGAGAAAGCCGCGUCCAGCCAGCUGCAUGGGUUGAGCAAUGUAGUGCGGCUGACUUUGCGCUGCCUGCCUGAGAGGAUCCAUCAGAGAAACAAACCGCCCCCUCCCACUCCGGGUGCCCCCGCUUCAGAUGCAACUCAAAAUACAUAAAGCCUCCAUGUUGCACGGGGAAUGUAGGACCAGCAGAUAUGAACUGUCUGCCUUAAAAAGUGUUAGAUAACUUUAAUGUUGAACAACUUGCGUUUGGUGCAUGUUUUUUUUUCUUUUUCUCCUGUGUGUGUGUGGACAACCUUCCGACGGGCCUCCUUGUGUUUUCAGCGCUGUUGCAGACACGGCCUCACAUUUUGGAUGUUCGGCGCUUCACGGCUAACCUACGCUAACUUCAGCUAGUUAGCAAUUGGCUUUAUUUUAUUUUCUUUUUUAUAUAUAUAUAACCAUACACGCUUUCGGUGUCGCUCACAAAAAAAAAAAAAAAAAAACUUGUUCGCAGCGAUGAUAUUUCGCGGAGAGUCAUAAAUGACAGCCAUCCACUGGCUCCCAUUCACCGCCGUGCUCGCUGGCUGGCUGCCCCGCUGCCCGCACUCUUCUCCCCGGACGGUCGCCUCGCUUUGUGGCUGCUCACCCUCGUCUUAAACGGCUAGCUAACAGUAGCUAGCAACACGAAGCAAGGCGCGACGAAUAACAUUGUGGGAAACAAAACAGGAAUAACCACCACCCGCCUAAAUGGACCACAUGUCCAUAAUAACCCAAGUUUCCAACCCGAAGGAGGAGGAAAUAAUAUCCUUUAACCAGGAGAAAGCGUCCCAGUCGAACAGCAGCCUAAAGAAGCAGAGGAGCCGGAGCAUCUUCAGCACAUUCUUCUGCUGCUUCCGCAACUACAAUGUGGAACCGCCAGCCGCCAACAGCAACACCAACACCAGCUCCCUGCCUCCACCUGUUGAGGAGAAUGGAUCGCCUCCCAAGUGUGACCAGGUCGAGGUCAUCCCUGUCCCUAGUCCACCAGCCAAAUACCUCCUACCAGAGAUGAUAAUAUCUGACUAUGGCAAAAAGUGUGUUGUGAUUGACUUGGAUGAAACGCUCGUCCACAGCUCGUUCAAGCCCAUCAGCAAUGCUGACUUUAUUGUUCCAGUGGAGAUCGAUGGUACCGUUCAUCAGGUGUAUGUGCUGAAACGACCCCACGUGGACGAGUUCCUCCAGAAAAUGGGAGAGCUAUUUGAAUGUGUGCUCUUUACAGCCAGUCUUGCCAAGUAUGCAGAUCCUGUGGCAGACCUGCUGGACCAGUGGGGUGUGUUUCGAGCACGACUCUUUAGAGAAUCCUGCGUUUUCCACAGAGGGAACUACGUCAAAGACCUCAGCCGGCUGGGACGAGAGCUCAACAACGUCAUCAUCGUUGACAAUUCACCCGCCUCUUACAUUUUCCACCCCGAAAAUGCUGUCCCAGUCCAAUCCUGGUUUGACGAUAUGAAUGACACGGAGCUCCUGGACCUGCUGCCUUUCUUUGAGGGACUCAGCAAAGAAGAAGAGGUUUACGGAGUCCUGCAGAAUCUAAGAGGCAGGUAGCAGGACACACUAUAGCACUGCAUGUGCUCUCCACCCUCCUCCGAUGAUCUCUGCCCCCUUUCUACAACCACAUCUCUCAGACUCAGGCAGAUCCUCCCUCACGCGCCCCUCUUGUCUCUGCCCCAAGGGGACGCCUUGGAGUCUCACUGUGGAAACCUUCACGUAACCCCUCGUCUCCGCUCUCAUCUCCUGGUGACUGGCUGCCUUCUGAGUGCCAUCAGAAAAAUAAUUAAAAAAACAAAACAAACACUAAAUAUCCCAGGAGCACUGUGUUUGACAAAAACCACACCAGAAAGUGUACAGAGCGUCCUAAGUUGAUAACAUUGGGGACAAAAUGCUAAGAGGAAUGAACUCUGGUCUUUAUUUUCAAACCAACAAAGUUUUACUAUUCGGUGAAGUGCUUGUUUUAAAACCAAAAAAACAACAAAAAAAAAAACAACAACUUUUUUUCUGAAACUUCUUUUGUGGUACCACACAAAAGUCUGAAAAGAUUUUGUCCUCGUAUUGUUGCUAUGCAGGCAGUUUCUGGUAGUAGAAAGGACUGUGAUUCUCUUUUCUUACUGAAUGAAGUGCCUUGUGUGAAUGUUGUUUAUAUGAGGAGAUAUUUUGUACAUGGCAUAUUUCCAGAGUACUUCAGUCUUUACACACACAAUAUGCUUUAAAGUAUCUUGAUAUAAAAGUUUUACUUAGUUUAUUUUUUUCAAUCAUCAAACGCUGGGUAAACGUCUCCAUAGUAUUCUUUUUUUUUUUUUUUUCCCAGUAUGCUUGUGCCAUUAUAUAGAUGUGACUUUGUUUCUUUCAGCUUUCAUUAUACGUAGAAAUAGUUCAUUUUGUUUUAGGCAAAGGAGUACGUUGCGCUCCACCUGCAAGUACAGUAGUUCUUUGCGUUUGAUAGUUUGAUCUGAAAGCUCAGAUAACAUUGUGCCAUUUAUUAUCCGUCUCUCACAUUAUCCCCCGUAUCACAUUUUAUUAUUUGCCAAAUAAGGAAAUUAUUUUUUAACAGGCUUCAUAUCUUUAACAGGGGUUCAGCUAUAACUGUUAAACCAUCAGUAGUAAAUAUAGCAUUAUAGUUUUUAUUUUUUUGACAAAUAGCUGUCAAAUACAUUUGUAUGUUUUUAAUGUUAUGAGAUCCUUGUUUGUCUUAUUGUGCUUAUCAUACGGCUAGCUUUUAGCCCACUUUUUUUUUUUUUUUUUUUCAUUUUUUGGGCACACACCAGUGGUGCAGCUUCACCCUUCGGGGAUGAUCUUUCUUCUCCAGAAUUGUAAACAGUUGCAAGGUUAUUCCAUUUGUUGUUUCAAAUGGUCUGGGAUCUUACAGUGACUAGGUCGAGUGCCAUGUUUUUAUUAUUUUUUUUCACGAGGUCUUUCGGGAAUAUAGUUUAGUGUUGGAUCCGGUCUGGACAGCAUUAAAAUCACACCACUCUCUCCUGAUUCACAUACGGCGAUGGCCCCGCCCUUGUCCAGUCCUGGUGUAAAACCAGUGGAGACAAUGUGUGGUAUUUACCUUCCCAGACUCUUUAACUGCUCUUCACCUCAGUGCCUAUGUUUUGAGAGGAGCCACGCAAACCGAAUGCUGCAACAUUAGCUACCAUGGCAAUAACCUUUUUUUGGUGGGGAGGUUCCAUCCUAAGUGUUUGGUUUGGGUGUCUAGAGCACUUGACACGGCUAACCUGCGGAGGCUGGAAGUAAAGGCUAGCCUCAUUAUCACAGUGACUUUUAGUGUUUAUAGGAACCUUAAAACAUGAAUUUUUCCACAUUAUUUGAUCUGAAAACUGGACACAUAAUUUACUCCUUUUAGUUAUUUUAGAAUCAAAUUUAAAUUAUUAGAAUGUCAAAAUGUUUUUUUCAGCAUUAAAAUACUGAAACAACUUGAAUGUUGCUUGGUCUAUUUCAGCAACAGCAGCCAAACGCCCUUGUAUAUCGAACUACAUUGCCAUAGUUAUCAGCUUUUGUUGUGGAAGAAAGUUAAAAAAAAAAAAAGAAGAAAAAAAAGACACUUUCCAAACCUACAGAUGGGUGCUCAGUCCUGGGCCAUCCAGACAGCCUCCAAAUGUUCGGGGCCAGCUCUAAAUGGAACACUACUGGGGCACUGCAAAAAGGACUGUGAGGAACCUCAUCAUGGCAUUAAUGCCUUACUGCCUGUGGAGGCACAAAGCAAUGUUUCUUCAUUAAUUCCAAGGUUACAUCUACACGUUUUAAGCGUCGUCUCAUUAGUGUUUUCUUAUGGAGUGUGAAAACAGCGCAGCCAUAUAUGUAGAGCAUAUACGGUCAAGUGAAUUAACAUUGUGAGACAAUAAAAUGAAGCAAUGAAGCAUGAAGAAGCUCUCUGCUCCCAUCAAGGGAUUGUACGCUCCAACAAACCUCAUUUGCUUUAUUGCUUGGUUUAUGGGUCAUGAUGUUAUAUUAGAGACCUACACUACUUCAUAAUUUCCUACAUUUUUUUUUCUCUCUCUUCUCAAGUUGAAAGGCUGCUGCUCCAUCAGGCAUAUUGAAAUAUUUUCUUUCUUUUUGCAUAAGCAUCUAAGCAUUUGUGUUGGUUGUUUCAGUGCAAUGUCUUUUUAUAAGAAGCGUUUGGUCAACUCUUCUCAAACCUCUCAAUGAUUACCUUUCUCUGAAAACGUUGUUUGUAUCAUUGUGAUAUUUUUCUACCUACCUUUUGUCAGUAUUUGGUUUGAAAAGUUGCGUAUUGCCCAUUGUAUCCAGCUCUUUAUUUUCUCCUCUUUAUUUCAGAUCUGUAACGUCCCCCUCUCUCUCUCUUGCCUUUGGUAAGAGCUCUCAGUCAGGUCUCGUCUUUCCUAUCAAGGGACGUGUGUGUGUGCGCACAGGCAUCUUGUUUGUGUAUUUACAGUAUUUCUUCGUGUAUCACCUCACUCAUCACACAUUCAUUAUUUUUGUAUUGAUUUAACACCAAAGUUCUACAACACUUGAGUUCAAGUCACGGCGCUUUCUUUUCAUUUUGGUCAGUUUAUUCACUUUUUUUUUUUUUUUUUUAAACACUUGGUUCUUGUUGGCUUAAUUUGAGUGUUUGCAGCGUGUUGUCAUCCUGAGCUUCAUUUUUUUCCUUUCUUUCCAUAAUAAAAGGCUUCAUUGAAACA